AGGACGGAUCCUCCUAUGAAAGACGCCACUAGGUCGCAUUAACAUCGGUGCCAUUGAGUUCACACAAUAUGAGGGAGCACAGCGGCAGGCAAAAACCAACUCCAGAUUUUUCAAAUCGGUGCGUUUGGCCGUUUUGUACCCGCAUAAUGUAACAGUAAACGACACGUUACGAGCUACGAGAAUGGGAGCCAAAAGCUGGCUUUUAUUUUGACUGCAAGAAUGUGGUGCGGGGAGCCCUGACAAUACGCCGUUCAGCUUUCAAAUGGAAGAUUGGCUAUUCCAGCUCGUUUCGGUGGAAAUGUUGCCGCUGCUUUUUUCACACAGACCCUUUUUAAUCGCCAUGGAUCUUCGGAUUUGGAUUCUUUUACCUCUGUCGUGUCUUGGGCUGUGAAAAAGAGAAAGACAGGCUACGCCGAUCGACCGGGAUACAACGUUCUCUGCCUACCUCGACAUUUUGCUACCAGGGAUUUAAAUAAUCACGUGCUACAACAACGGAAAGAUUUUUUCUUCUUAAUAAGAAUUGAUGUGGCCGUCUGACCUUUAAUGAGUUCAACCUGGAGGGCAAAAUGAGUAGGGAAAGGCCGAAGAGAAAUAUCAUUCAAAAGAAAUUUGAUGAUAAUGAUGGGAUCCCGUGGUCAGAAGAGAGAGUGGUCCGCCGGGUGCUCUACCUCUCACUUAAAGAGUUUAAAACGGCUCAGAAGAGUAAAGUGGAGAACGGCACUGGAAGAGUUAAUGGCUCCUUUGCUAAUGGUCAUCUGAAUGGAUCGGGCACUAAAGCUGGCCUGUUUGUGGGAAGCUGUAAGUCAGAACGGACCCAGCAUGCAGUGCAGAGCAAAGAGCGCAACCAUGAGUUCUCUAUGGACGGGCCUGCCAGGAAGAAGCCAAGACUGCAGGCUCAGAGGAAGUUUGCUCAGUCUCAUCCGUGCUCACCAAACGCCACCCCGCUGAAGGUGCUGGACGCCCUGAGCCCGACCCCUGCCGCCCUGCUCAACCAUCUCACACGACGCAAACCCAAAACGGAAGACUUCCUCACCUUCCUCUGUCUGAGAGGCUCUUCUGCGCUGCCCAGCAACAUGACAUACUUUGGUAGCGCUAAAGAUGAUGAAGAUGUGGAUGAGGAAGAGGAUGAGGAAGAGGAAGAAGAAAGUGCCAGCCACGCCCCUGCUUCCUGCCAGUCCACUCCACGCAAGAGCAAAGGACCCAACAAAUGCAUCGCCAACGGUCAUGUGUUUAAUGGACAGACACGAGCUGCUGAGGUGCGCGAGAGCAGUCUGAGAGCCAGAGGGAAAGACGGGAAGGAGAAACACCCUGUAGCAUCAGCUAGAAGCUCCACUACACACAAUCUACGACCCAACAGAGCAGUGCAAGAACAAAAACAACAGGCCUCCAAAAUGAACGGGACAUCGGGAGCCUCCGCCGUCAGUUCUCGAAAGACGAGAGAACUGCGAACUCCCCCGACCAAAGCUGUGAAAUACCCCAAGGGCCACGUGACGUACACCAAAGCCAGACUGCUCAAAGAGGCCAAGCUCAGCCUGAGCACACACACACACACACACUCUCAGACCUCCAACUCAGGAAAAGCCCAAACCAGCCACGCCAAGAUGCAAAAACAGGUGCUAUCACCAGCAACCGCUGGACGGCUCAGUGGGACAGACACUUUCCCCCCGAGACGAAACGGACUUCGGCAGUCAAAGAGGCAGCUGGAGUUAGCCGGAGCAGAGGUCGAGGUGAAGAGGGUCAAGGUGCACGUGGUUCCUUUGGAGACCCGCAGUAGGAAAGCAGCUCAGGAGACGCAGGCCAGACCGCAACCGGCGGGAUCACAGCGGCCCAAACGGGCAUCGGCCGGGAAGCUCAUGUUCACUAAACAGAUGCACUGCAAAGCCAGCGUUCUGGCCAAGAACAGCCCCACUACCUCAACACGAGACAUUCUGAGACCAGCCAACUCCCCCAAACUAUCAGAGACCCCCAGAACAAGCAAUGCUCUAAAACAAGGCCAUCCUUCAAAUAUGACUGAGCCCUUCUCAUCUGAGCCCAAGGAGCGAGGCCGGCGCAGUGCCGAGAUCACGGAGCUGCCCGUCUUUUAUCCCAACACACAUGAGUUUCAUGACCCGUUGACUUUUAUGGAGUUGGCACGGGGGCAGGCCGAGGCGUUUGGGUUGUUCCGGGUUGUUCCGCCAGCAGGCUGGCGUCCCGAGUGUAAGCUUAAAGAGGAGAUGCGCUUUGUCUCAUACGUGCAGCAUGUGCACAAGCUGGGCAGACGCUGGGGCCCCAAUGUACAGCGGCUGGCCUGCAUCAGGAGACACCUGCGGACACAAGGCAUCAACAUGGAGGAGCCUCCACUUAUAGGUGGCUGCGAGCUGGACCUGGCCAGAUUCUUCCAGAUCAUUAAUGAAAUGGGAGGCAUGCAGCAAGUGACAGACCUGAAGACGUGGGGCCGGCUGGCGGAUUUGCUGGGCAUCCCACGCUCUGCUCAGGAUCGGCUGGCCAAGCUCCAGGAGGCUUACUGCCAGUACCUGCUGUCUUACGACUCCCUGACCCCAGCGCAGAGGGCACAGCUGGAGAAGGAGGUGCUGGCGGAGAAGGAGGCCCUGGAGAGAAGAAACGGGCCCCUCGAGGGCCAGGGAGACAUAGCCCAGCAUGCCGCUCUGCAGCUUCCUCGCUGUGAGCCCAAAAACGGACUGGUGAACGGAGCGCUGCACCGAAGCGGAGCGCGAGAACACCUCCGAGAGCUCGACCCCACGGCCAAAAGCACCCGGCAGAAGAGACUGGAGAAGAGAGGAGAGGAAGAAGGGAUGAUCAGUGAACAACACAAGUGCAUAUACAGGGGGAAAUCAUUCUCUUUGACAACAUUCUUCAGGGCAGCCAGGAACACUAUGAACAUGUGCUUCAGCAAAGAGCCGGACACGGCUGAAGUCGAGAAGGAGUACUGGCGAUUGGUUGAUGAAAAGGAAAGCCAUGUUGCUGUGCACUGUGGAAGAGUUGACACAAAGACUCAUGGGAGUGGAUUUCCUGUGGGCAAGUCUGAGCCAUUUUCAAAGCAUGGAUGGAAUCUUAAUGUCCUUUCCAAUAACUCAGGAUCCAUCUUACGUCAUCUUGGUGCUGUGCCAGGGGUGACCAUCCCCUGGCUGAACAUAGGCAUGGUCUUUUCUACCUCAUGCUGGUGUCGGGACCAGAACAGCCUUCCGUAUAUUGAUUAUCUACACACUGGUGCUGACUGCAUUUGGUACUGUAUUCCAGCUGAAGAGAAAUCCAAACUUGAUAAAGUAGUUCACACACUGCUACAGGCUAACGGCACUCCAGGGCUGGAGAUGCUGGAGAGGAACAUUAUGAUUUCUCCAGAGGUGCUCCGUCGUAAAGGGGUGAAAGUGUACCGGACAGUGCAACACAGUGGCCAGUUCAUGGUUUGUUUCCCAGGGACGUUUGUGGCUAAAGUGUGUUGUGGCUACAGCGUCUCAGAGACCAUGCACUUUGCCAACCUCCAGUGGAUGAAACUGGGCUAUGAGGCAGCUAAGGAUCUGAAACGGCGUCGUAUUGAGGAGCCUUUUUCAACAGAGAAACUGCUCUACCAGAUCACCACAUGUGAGCGGGACAACAAGCAGCUCAUGACUGCCGUCUCCAGUCUCUUCAGAGAUCUCAGGGAUGCAGAGAUUCGCCAGCGCAGGGAGCUGUUUGAGGCUGGGCUCCGUCUGUCUGCCAGAUACGGCACAAACUGUGAAUCUCCUACAGAGAGGAGGAAGCAGCAGCGCUCCAGAUUCACUGAAGACACGGCCGACAGACGCUGUCAAGUGUGCCAGCAUCUCUGCUACCUCUCUAUGGUGGUUCAUGAGAGUGAUAAUGUGGUUUUCUGUCUGGAGUGUGCGCUCCGCUACAUCCAGAAACGCAGGUCUCCCCGCGGCCUCAAGAUGAUGUUCCGCUACUCUGAGGAGCAGCUCAACAGUCUGGUGAAUCGAGUGUGUGGCCGAACUCUGGAUAAAGCUGGAGUCAAGCAGAGAAGCGUCGGCCCCAGCAAAACACCAGCAAAGCGAAGCCCCAGAAACAAGAGCUCGGGUCCCGUCCCCCUGUCCAGCUCGGGCCGCUCAUAAACCACAACAUUCCUCUCCUUUUAUAUCAGGUGUUCCUAAUACUUGUGUACAAACACUCUUCAAUACUCUUUGUACCUAGUGUAUAAUAUCAAUACAACAAUCUGUUCUAUUGCACUUUUGUAUUACAGAUGCGUGUAGUUGCCGGCUGGUUAGUCAAUAUAUUGAAUGUACGGAGGUUCAGUGUUACAUCGCGUUUCGUGUCGAAUACACAACUGUUUGGGGCACCUGA